CAGUGUUGGUUAGCAGCGGUGCGAGGAGCACGUAUCGCCGCCAUUUUGCGUCCCGCCAAAACUUGCCGCGGCAAACUUCGAUGACAGAAAAAAAUCGUUGAGUGACUUUUUAAUUACCAAAAACGUUUUUAAAACUAUUUGUGACUGUUAAUUACGUGUAAAAAAAAUGUACGUUAUUUUUGCCGUGCGUGUAAAAGUGCAUAAUUAGUUUAAUUUGUGUUAAACAAUAAUGGAUCUUGUGCAAGCGCCGGAACGUUGACCUUAUUUCUUGACAGGGCCAUGGAGCUCAAUACGCCAAAAGAAAAGAAGAUAUCGAGUUUCACCAAACUCCUGUCGCGCGGCAAAAUGUUCCGGAUACCAAUUCUCAUCCUCUUCCUUCUGGGCAGCACUAGCUGCGACGUUAGCGAAGACGAAUUCCAAUUUCAAAUUCAAAAUUCAAAUUCCGAAUUGCAAAACACAAGCUUGAUGGAACACUCGCAUAGACACGGACGUAAUACCAGUGUAAAAAAAGAUUUGAGUGACAUUAAAUAUUUAAGGCGGCAUUUAAAUAGGGAAAUAGUGAAUUUCGUGAUGACUGAUUAUCUGGUGGAUGGCGAGGUGGAAAAUCGCGUGCAUUAUAAUGGGAUUACGGCGAAGGAGACUUAUGUUGGCGCGAAUGGGAGCGGGUUGCGACUGCGUCAGCUGACCGACGGCCGCCAUCUUGUCCAAGUCAUCUACACCCCAAAUGGCGCCAUCCAGGACUGCGAGUAUAUCACCCAAGCAAAAUACUCUAGAAACUUCCUCAAGACAUUACGGAAAGAACUCAAACUCGCAUUAGAAGAGCAAAGUAUUAAAUUAACACAGAACGAAAUAACAAAUGAAGAUGAGAAAUAUUAUAGACAUUUUAGUAAUAUCACGCUACGUAUUUUGAGAAAUGGAGAGACUCUGCCGAUAGAUGUCGCUAGUUGGUUGGAUUUUGACAAGUUGAAGAUGGAAUGCUUGGAAAGGCAUGAAGAGCUGAAAUUUAUGAUGGCCAAUAAGAAUAAAGUUUCAGAUACUACGCUCGCGAGGUCACGGAGGUCUUUGAAAGAGAAUUUCAUAGUCCCUGGAACGAAAUGGUGCGGCGCCGGCGACCUGGCAGAGAAGUACAGCGAACUCGGGAUGAAUAGGAAGGAAGAUACCUGCUGUAGGGCCCACGACAACUGCAGACUCAACAUAGGCCCAUUUAGACGAAGAUUCGGCUAUUUCAACUUUAGGCCAUUCACGAUUUCAAACUGCGCAUGUGAUAGAAGAAAAAAACGUGACGCCAUGGAAAUACUGAGAGUGCCAGGGACUAAAUGGUGUGGCAAGGGAUAUUCGGCGACGCGGUACUCCCAGUUGGGGGGUUAUACACGCACAGACCGCUGCUGCCGCGUCCACGAUCUCCGCUGCCCAUUCUGGAUCGGGGGUAUGGAGAAGAAAUAUGGACUUUUCAACUGGCGUGUAAACACGCUUAUGCACUGCCGCUGCGAUGAAAGAUUCCGCGCCUGCCUGAAGCUGGCCAACACCUCGAUGUCCAACAUGGUGGGCAAGCUGUUCUUCAACGUGGUGCAGACGAGGUGCUUCGUGCUGAAGCCGGUCAAGUCCUGCACGCAGCGGUCCUGGUGGGGGCGCUGUCUGCGGCGCUCGUACACCAAGCGGGCGUAUUUGAGGGACAACAUGCCGUAUUAAUACUAACGCCAUCUAUCCUCAAAAUGAAAACUAAGUUGUGUGUACCAACGCCAUCUAGCGUUAUAGAAAACUACAAUGGGACUUGUGACAAAGUUUAUGGAGUGCACAUUUUGUUAUACCACGUCGGUAACAAGCAUAACGCGCUCCUGGUAAGAGGUUACCGUAGCCUAUGCGCGCUAGCAAUUUUAUGAGUGUUAUAUGAACACCCCUUGAACAUGAGCAACCCUUUAAAAUACUGUGACUACACACUUUUUUGAAAAAUAUCUAGAAUAGACUACUGCGUAGGGAAUUCUCACUGUCAUAACGAAACCGAUGUUUGACAGCUAAUUACGAUGUUGAAUCCCAUGAAGUGUUGACUUUCUCGCUCAUUAGGCUGUGCUUUAAUGCCCACGCCCAAACAAAACAAUUGAGUGAAAUACGUCACUGUGGUUUGUGGAGUUCUGAAGCCAGAUAAGGCCCAGAUUCACAUUUGUAUGUUGUGUUGUGUUUUGUUGUGUCGUGAUCAGGCAUCGUUAACUGCGAGCGAAAUCCAAAUGACGUAUGAUAACCAGUUACAACCCUAGUACUUCAAUGGAUUUCGCUCGCAGUUUACGAUGCCUGGUCGUGACGCAUCAGAACGGCAAUCGGUUUCAUACAUUUAAUAUGUGUUGCGUGCACAUUUGUCUGACGCAGCGUGCAUCACGACACAACACAACACGACACGACACGUCAGACAAAUGUGUAACCGGCUGUAGCCUGUAGCCCUCGCCAACAUCGACAAAUCGAUAAUCGAAAUUUCGAUUUUCGCGGUAGGCGCUCUGUACAUCACGCCUCCGUCGCGGAUGGUAAAAAUCAUGUUACAGCAGAACCGUGUAACUAAGUGACUUUUCCAAUAUUUGGAAUCAGAUUAUUGCAUAUUUCAGCGUGUGAAACAAAAAAAAUCUCUUGUUAUUUUUGUGUCAAACUAAGCUAAAAUGGACUUUAUUGUUUAAUGAGGACUUAGGCGUUAGCCGCAGUAAGGUCCCUUUUUGCUGAAGGUGAAACCUCUUUAAUCCUCUGUCUCUUUCACUCUCAAUCCUAAGAAAGAGAAGCUCUCAAACGGGGCUGGUACCUAUUAGUUCCCAUUUUAUUGUACUUUUGUUUGUAAAUAAAGUAGGCUUUAAUACGGACAAAUGUGAUUUACUUUAAUAUUGUUUUUAAUAUUAUUCGCGGUGGAGAAUCUAUGAAAUCUCGUAGUUUUAGAUGUAAUAUAAAAUAAUAAUUAUCUGUAUGAGAAGGAUGUAUUCAAUGUAUUGGGCAUUUUCACCGAAUACUGAAUCUGGCAAGAGAUGUUCGAUCAGACAUAAUUCAUCCAUAUUUAUCCCACCUAGUUAAAUUGUAUCUAAGAAUGGUAUUUCAUAUCUCUCCAACAUCUUGGUCCAAUGUGUGUUUGCGUCUCACAUUUUACUAAAUGAGAGAAUGAGACGCGAAGCACAUUGGACAAAGAUAUUGGAAUACCACCCAUAAUCUAACGAAAAAAAUCGACAACUAAAUGAAAAUCGGCCCAUUAAGUAAACUCUCUGAGAAAACUAUAAUAAAAAUGUAACUGUUAUCGCGAAAAUGCCCAGUUGUAUAUUAAAACGUUUAAAUAAUUCAGUAAUAUAAAAUUUAACUUUGAAAAAUGGAAAUAAAAUCUCGAUGUAAAACUACCUGCAGUAUUAAAAUUGAAUUUUCGAUGAUAGCGUUUUUUUCUUUCAAAUCUGAAUGUCAAAUAUACAUAGAUGCUCUAGUAGUUAUAAGGUAUUAAGUAGGUCUAUGUAUAUAAUAAGAUUAUAUUAUUCUUAGAGCGUUUUAACAUUGUCCGAUCCGAUGUCGGAUGUAGGAUCCGACAUCCGCGUAGUCAGGCCGCGGGGGCGCGCUCGGACGCCGUCUUCAGCGGUCACGCACACUACAACAAGCAUUAUGCCUACACAUACGCACACAAAAUAUUAUCGGUCCGACAGCUGACGGGGGGCUCCGAUAUGGCUGAAUUUGUCGCAAGCGCCUUUCCGAUAUCGGAUGUCGGAAGGCGCCUAUGACAAAAACAGCUGCAGGAGAGUGCCAUUGGCAUUAAAUCCGCCUUUUUGCGUUAUUUAUCGUUUUUCAGUAAUAAUGAUUUAUUACAUGCAUAAAUAAAUACAGCGAAACACAUAUCUUACAUUUUACUUCCUUCCGACAUCCGAUAUCGGAUCGGACAAUGUGAAAACGCUCUUAAAUGUUUAAGUGAUUAGUGUUUAUUUUAGUGUGAAAUAAAUCAAACUUAAAUAUGUAAUUAAGUUUACUGGUAACCUUAAGAGCGUUUUCACAUUUUCCGAUCGCAUGUCGGAUGUCAUCAGUGUCAUUACCUUUCCGCCUUUCCUUUGGAGAAAACUUUGGCUACUAGAAAAUGCCCUAAGUCCUUUUAUUUUUGCAUUAAUCCUUUCUUUUGAACAAAUGAUACCUAAUUAAAUGUAUAAAAAAUAUAUAAAAAUGCACUUUUCAUGUUUUGCUUAUUUGUGGUCGCACCCGACAUCCGAUAUCGGAUCGAACAAUGUGAAAACACUAAGAUGGGAGCAGAGAUAAGUAUAUUAAAAAUAAAAACUGUCAUUUUACAUUCAAAUCCGCGUUAUUGUUGUAGAUGGAGCCACUUAUACUUAGAACUAGAAUUUAAGUAGAGCACCAUCUACUGAGCUCCGUGAGAGUUAAUAUAGACUACCUAGAUAGCCUCGUUAUGACUAAAUAGAUAGCAACCGCAAAACAAUCGAAAUUACGCUCUCAUUUCAAAAAGACAUUCUGACAUAACGUGAAGUAACAUUUAAUAAUAAAUAUUAUAGACAUUCUUACACAAAUUGGCUAAGUCCCACGGUAAGCUUAAGAAGGCUUGUGUUGUGGGUACUCAGACAACGAUAUAUACAAUACUUCUACAAAUACUUAAAUACAUAGGAAACAUCCAUGACACAGGAACAAAUAAUAUAUUUACUACUAUAUAAUAUUUAAACUUUGGAGACAUGUAAUUUAACCAUCUCGUUUUAAGAUCAGAGCGUAACUUCGAUUGCAUAGAAGCGGCUUUUUCGCGGCGGGUUCAUGUGACUUAAAUUCCUGUCAUCUACAACAAUGAUGAGUGACUUUGCUACAAGAUUGUCAGUGUUUAUUUUCGCUUGUCUUUGGUGGAAGUUAGUAUGUAAUGAGAAAGUUCCUCUAUUCGACAAUAUAUUCGUACGUAAUUGUGUAGAUCGUGGAUUUCUUAAUAAAUGUACUUAUUAAUAAAAUAUAAUGGAAUAAGUGGGUUUUGUAAUCAGAAAUGAUUUUUACUGAUAAGGGUCUCCCCAGAUAUAUCGACGCGCAAUCGGCAAAGGCCGAUAGGAAAAAGUUUUAUGUCUACCAACUCUUAAUCAUCAUCUUCCUCGCGUUGUCCCGGCAUUUUUGCCACGGCUCAUGGGAGCCUGGGGUCCGCUUGGCAACUAAUCCCAAGAAUUGGCGUAGGCACUAGUAUUUACGAAAGCGACUGCCAUCUGACCUUCCAACCCAGAGGGGAUACUAGGCCUUGUUGGGAUUAGUCCGGUUUCCUCACGAUGUUUUCCUUCACCGAAAAGCGACUGGUAAAUAUCAAAUGAUAUUUCGUACAUAAGUUCCGAAAAACUCAUUGGUACGAGCCGGGGUUUGAACCCGCGACCUCCGGAUUGCAAGUCGCACGCUCUUACCGCUAGGCCACAAGCGCUU